AUGCUUUAUUAUUUUUCAGGAGGAGAUGGUGACAGGCCUUCUGUAACCUUGUAUAGCUGUGCAGGAGAAGGAAUUGUCUUCCAGCACAACCCUUGGAAACUUAGUGGAGAAGCUCAUGACAUCAACAAACUCAUCCGAGAAACCAAUUCAUUCAAACACAAAUUACCAGCACAUACAGAGAUCAGCUGGAAACCAGACGGCAGUAUUUUGGCUGUUGGUAAUGAAGAUGGAUCAAUUGAAAUAUUUCGGGCUCCUGACUUGAAACUGUUGUGCACAAUCCAUCAGCACCACAAACUCAUCAAUGCUAUUCGCUGGCAUCAUGACCAUGGAACACAGCCAGAACUGAGUUACAUGAUAGCUUCUGGCUCAAAUAAUGCUAUUAUUUAUGUGCAUAAUAUCAAGAGUGUCAUAGAGAGCUCUCCAGAGAUACCCGUGACAAUAACUGAGCCUUUCCGCACUCUGGUGGGUCAUACAGCUAAGAUCACUAGCUUGUCUUGGAGUCCUCAUCAUGAUGGAAGACUGGUAUCGGUUUGCUAUGACGGCACUGCCCAGGUUUGGGAUGCCUUAAAGGAAGAGCCUUUGCAUAAUUACAGGGGACACCGGGGCCGACUGCUUUGUGUGCAGUGGUCACCUGUGGAAGCAGAUGCCAUCUACACUGGAGCUGAUGACUUUUGUGUUCAUAAAUGGGUAGCUGGAAAGCAGGAACAUAGCCGCCCUCCCACAGGUGUGUGUAUUUGA